AUGACUAAAAAUGAUGUUAGUUCUAUAUCUGUUCCAACGUUAAAUAACAUUCCUGAUAUAAAAAUCAUCAAAGUAAAGCCGAGAUGCGGAUACAAAGUAUACACAUUUAUUAUCUUAACGUUAAUACAGAUUUUUGUAAACUAUGACAACGGGGUCAUUCCGGUUUCCUUGAGCUGGAUUCAGGAACCAUAUAACUUUAGUAGUACGGAACUAGGUAUUAUGGGAUCACUUUCGUACUUUGCCUAUGUUGUGAUGUCGCCAUUUAUGCCAUAUAUAUAUUUGGCAUUUAGUUCUCAAAUGGUAGUAACUGUUGCCAUUACUAUCAAAACGUUGUCAUUGAUUAUUUAUGGGCUUGCGUCGAAUAAAUACAUGUUCUUCUUUUCGAGAUUUUGUAUUGGAGCUUCUCAAUCUUUGUUCAUAACAUUCUAUCCUAUAUGGGUAGAUACGUUCGCUCCAAAAUUCUAUAGAAAUAUCUGGAUGUCCAUAAUUCAAAGUGGCAUAAUUAUUGGCAUGGCUUUGGGGUAUGUUUGUACAUCGGGAUUUUCUUUCUUCGGUAGUAGGGGGUGGAGAUACAGUAUUUUCACUCAGAUUGCAUAUGGGAUGAUUUUAACUAUCUUAUUUUACUUAAUUCCCAAGAAAUUCGUCAACUUUGAUCCAUCCAGGGACGAACAUGUUGAUUUCGACCUUUGUACUUGUGAAAAGUCAAGUUUUGAUACUAUGGAAGUUGAUAGUGACAAAGCUGUCUCCUCAAAAAGUUCCAUUGAUGACUUAUCCAAUGGUCAUGAUUCUGUUCUUAAACGUUAUCGCAGUGUGGACUUUAUUGUUUCAAAGGUAUCAUCUCUAGGAAUGACCAACAAAUAUAUCUCGAGAAUUCACUCGACUUUCGAAAAUUCCACAAAUAAACCUGAAUAUUCUAAAUGCAGUAAAUGUUUUAUAAACAAUGUUAAAUUAUAUCAAGAGACAAUCAAUGUAAAGAAUCUUUCUAUCUGGUCAAAAUUUAAAUUGUUGAUUAAGCAUCACGUUUACAUUUUAACCUGUAUUUUCAUGUCUUCAAUUACAUUUUGUGCUAUGGGAAUGAAUUUUUGGAUGACAAAAAUAUGCGUAACCUACAUUAAAAUGAAUGAAAUGGAAGUUUAUUUUAUAUUUUCAAUUCAACCCAUAACUGCUCCUUUGUUGGGGAUAAUUACUGGAUCGUAUCUGAUUGACAGGGUUAUUUAUCAUUAUCCAGAACAGCCACUAUUAGUUGACGUUGUUCUUAUGGUCUGGUCAGUAUUGUUAACAAUAUCAGGACUUGUCGUUAUUUUUGUUCAAAAUGCAAUAUCACUUGGAAUAUGUGUCUUUAUCUUGCUGUUUUUUGGAGCAUCAAUAAUUCCAACACUAACAUUACAGUCGGUUGCAUACCUUCCUCAUAGGCUUAAACCUGCGGGAUCAUCCUUUUUCAUAUCUCAAUAUCAUAUUUUCGGGUUUACACUAGGCGCUAUAAUGCCAGGAAUAGCAAUGGACUUGUUUGACAGUUACACGGCCGCUCUUAUUGUGAUGUACUUGCCAGGCUUCAUCUUAUUAGCUUGUUGUAUCGCCAUCAUGUACAUCAAAUGGCGUCGAAUUAAAAAAGCCAGACUAACAGGUAGAAGCAUAUAUGUUAAGGGUGUAAUUGUAAUUUGA